AAGAAACAUAUCGAAAAACGCAAACAAUUUCACAUAGCUUGAGGAGUGUCUCGCGAUCUCGACAUCUCCGCACCCUUCUACCCCGAAAGCCUAACAAUCUGACAUCAUCGCUCAAGACGGAUAGUCAUCCUCCGAACGCUUUGCCAUCAUGUCUCGUGCAGGAACUUGGCUGAAGAUGCUGGGAGUCGGCGUUGUUUGCUGCGUGGGAGGCCCGGCCUUCGUGCAAUACAUCCGGCCCACGGACGAAGAAUUGUUCAAGCGCUACAACCCCGACCUUCAGAAACGCAGUCUGGAAGAGGGUGACCGACGAGCACGGGAUUUCGAUGAAUACGUUACCAAGUUGAAGGAGUGGUCCAAGUCUGACAAGCAUAUUUGGAUCGCCGCUCAAGAACAACAGGAACAGAGACGCUUAGAGACGCAAACACAAAACACACGGGCAAAGGAAGACGCCAAGGCGCAAAGAGAAGAAAUGCGGAAGGAGUUGCUUGGUGGGAAAUAGGAGGCAAAGAGGAAAUCAGUACGGAGCCAAGAUCUAUCAUGAAACCUCCGGCUCUCGGUCGUUUUUGGUGAAACGACAAGUGCCUUCUUCUCCUCUUAUCAACAAGGCCAUGUAUUUAUACCCCAUACCAGAAAAACUUGGGGAAAGUGAAAAGCAGUCUCUCGAAUCGUCGUGGACUCAGGCGUGUGAGGAGUUACGUGGGUGAUAUUGUAUUAUAUUUCAUUUCAUUAAUGUGUGAACGGCUGAAAGGAAAUCCACUCUAUCUGUAUUCUUUUGGUGAUUCUGAAGUUGAGAUCAGGAUCGGACUAAGGAAGACUACGGCGACCACUAGCAGUUGUAGAGGGAUCUCAUCAAUGUUGUGCUUUGCUGUAUUGUUGGUGCGGAUUGGUACA